AUGGCGAGCUCUUUUACGUCCUGUUACCUUCUGUUCACCCUCUUGCUCUUUUCCUUGCCUCUCCUCCUGACUCUCUGCAGACUCUCUCAAGAGCGGAUGGCUCUGGCCCCAAUCUCGAAGAGCUGCAACAAGGCAGGCAGGCAGGCAGGCAGUCUCGAGAGGAAGGAGAAGAGAAGAGGACAGGGAGGAGGGAAGGACGCUGAUGAAAGCGUCAGGGAGAUGGGGGAGGCGGGGAAAACUGUCAGUCCUCUUGCUUGGCCGAGUUCUUCUGGUCCCAGCAGGGCAACGAAAGCAGAAACAACUCCUCACAGUUCGAGCUUUGCUUCCCGUCUUUCUCCUCCCCUCGUCACUCGUUCCGAGCACUCGACUAGAGUCAGAGGCUUCGGCUCGAGCUUGACAUGGCCAGCGAGGAUGGAGACCACUGGACCGGCAGGAGCAGGAGCAGGAGCAGGGGCAAGGGCAGAAACCCAGAAUCGUAUCGUCUCCUCCUCUCCUCUCGUCGUCGAAGCUCGUCCCUACGUUGCCGCUUCAUCAGCAAGGGUAACUCAGUUGGCAAGCGGGACGAGGGCUGCUGGGACGCAGCUGAAGGAAGAGGGAGCGAAGGAGGAGGAGAGGGGAGUGAGCAGGCCACUGGUGUCAGAGAAGGAGCAGAGAGUCUCUUUGAAGUCAAGACAGGAACGGCUUGCUCUCGCGUUAGCCAAGGAAGUUCUCAGCUCAGCCAAGUCCCUCAAGAGUCCUGAGAGCGACAGAAGACCUUGA